AUGUGGCAGGACGUUCCACGCCCAAAUCAGACUGAUCAGUCAUCUUCGGAUGCACAGAGCCCAGUCAUCGAACGAAUGAGAUGUCGAGGUCUUCAUCGACAACGAUGGAUGAACAUCAGCCCCUCUGUCAGAUCUCCUACUACUACUUCAACAUGGUGGCCUUCAGGGCUGGCAUUGAGACUGGUGAAUUCAUCUAGCAGAUGUGAAGGUCGUGUUGAAAUUUAUUAUCAAGGAUCAUGGGGAACAGUCUGUGAUGAUUCCUGGGAUCUCUAUGAUGCAGAUGUUGUGUGCAGGCAGCUUGGCUGUGGACAUGGUGUUGCAGCAAAGACCAGUGCCUGUUAUGGUCAAGGCUCGGGAAAUAUUGUCCUGGAUGAUGUGGGUUGUAGAGGAUCGGAAUACCGUCUAUGGGACUGUCCUCAUUCAGGAUGGCUCUCUCAUAACUGUGCUCACUCAGAAGAUGCUGGUGUCAUCUGUUCAGAUGCACUAACACAUGUUUCUACUACUAUUCCAACAUGGCUGCCUUCAACAGUUUAUUCUUCAGCAAAAUAUACUUGUGGUGGUAUCCUUCAGUAUUCAUCUGGGACAUUUCAAAGCCCGUUUUAUCCUGGGAAUUAUCCAAACAAUGCAGAUUGUGUGUGGGAAAUAGAAGCAGUGAGCAAUUUCCGUGUGACACUUUCAUUUAGUGUUAUAGAGACAGAAGGUGGUACAUGCCAGUAUGAUUAUAUUGAGAUCUAUGAUGGGCCACUCCAUACCUCUCCUUUACUGGGGAAAAUUUGUCAUGGUUCCUAUCUCACAUAUACAUCGUCCUCAAACUUGAUGACAGUUCGAUUUCACAGUGACUUGAGUGUCACAAACAGAGGGUUCCAUGCUGCUUAUUACACCUUUCCAGCAGAUCAGAAUACUACUCUUCUGUGCUUGCCAGAAUACAUGCAUGCAGUUAUUAGGAGAUCGUAUCUCCACUCACAUGGCUACGAUGCAUGGGAUGUCAGCUUGAAUGACCCUUACUGUAGACCAAUCAUUACAUCAAACUAUGUUAUAUUCAACAUCCCAUACAAUCGCUGUGGCACAAGACGAGAGGGAAACAACAACACUAUCAUCUAUUCCAACUUGAUCAAAGCAAUCUCUUCUGGUUACAUAAUCAAAAGGCAAAAAGAUCUUCACUUGCAUAUCAAUUGCAAAAUGCUCCAAAAUAGAUGGAUUGAAAUAAUGUAUGUGGCUGAGGAUGUUACUGAAGUCAAUGAAACUCAGUAUGGCAGAUACAACGUGACCAUUUCAUUUUAUGAAUCACCAUCCUUCUCAAGACCAGUGUAUGACUCUCCAUACUACGUUGACUUGAACCAGAAUUUAUUCCUUCAAGCUUCAAUUCACAGCUCUGACCCAAAUCUGGUGUUGUUUUUGGACACAUGUGUUGCAUCACCUGAUCCCAAUGAUUUUACAACAGUAACCUAUGACAUUAUCAGGAGUGGGUGUGUUAGAGAUCCUACCUAUCGUGUAUACUAUUCACCCUACGCCUCCACCUUACGCUUCAAAUUUAAUGCCUUCAAGUUUAUUAACAAACAUACAUCAGUUUACCUGAAGUUUAAAAUGGUGGUGUGCAGGGUAUAUGAUUAUUCUUCCCGAUGCUACCAAGGCUGCACACCCAGGUCCAAGAGAGAUACAAGCUCUUACCAAGAAGAAGUGGAUGUUGUUGUUGGGCCUAUUCAGCUUCGGAAAGAUGGCACUAAGAACAGGAAUGCUGAGCUGGACUAUUCUGAACAUCAGGAAGAUGUGGAUUCCCGUGGUUCACUUACUGCUACUGACGAUCAUUCCCAGGCUCCAUUUAUUGUUACGGGUGUGGUGUUUGCAGCUGUUAUUUUCACUCUUGUUGGGUUUAUUUUGAAAAAUAAACUGAAGAGACCGAUUCCAUAUGAGAUAAUGUGAGACACUAAAGACACCAGCAUCAGGGCAUUUAUGUAAUGAUUCAAUUUUUAGCAUUUGCACUAAAUAACUUGUAUAUGACAAAUCAUGCUUUAAAGAGAAAGUAUGAAAACCUUACUGUAAUGAUACUACCAUCUGAGUUCUGGUAAAUUCAGGCUAGAGUUGGGCCUGAGGUUAA